CGCUGCGCUGCGCUGCGCACUCCUCAUUGGCCGAGGACGGCGGCAGGGGGCGGGCCCUGACCUGCAAUUGGCUCUCGGAGCCGGUGACGCGGCGCCCGAGCAGCGGGCGGGCUAGGACUGUCAUGGAGGCCCCGGCAAUGCUCACCCCGGGCGCCGCGCGGCGGCAGCAGCGGCCGGGACUCGCGGCCCCGGAGGCCGGGACGCAGGACGGGCCGGAGCAGCGACCAAGGGGGCGGCGGCCGGGACGCAGAAUUAAAGAAGACCAGGAAGAGGAAGGAGCAGAAGCAGUCUUUCGGGAAGUGGUCAGUUUCUCCGCAGAUCCUUUGCCAGCUAGAUAUUAUGACAAGGACACCGCCAGGCCCAUCAGUUUUUACUUGUCCUCCCUGGAGGAGCUCCUGGCCUGGACGCCCCUCAUGGAGGACAGCUUCAACGUGGCCCUGGAGCCCCUGCAGCGCCGCCAGCCUCCCCUGAGUGGCCCCAGGCCCCGCACCCUGCUGUGCCAUGACAUGAUGGGCGGGUACCUGGAGGACAGGUUCAUCCAGGGCGCCUCGGUGCAGACCCCCUACUCCUUCUACCACUGGCAGUACGUGGACAUCUUCGUGUACUUCAGCCAUCACACAGUCACCAUCCCCCCGGUGGGCUGGACCAAUGCUGCCCACAAACACGGCGUCAGCGUGCUGGGGACUUUCAUCACCGAGUGGAAGGAGGGUGGGCGGCUCUGCGAAGCCUUCCUGGCCGGGGACCAGCGCUCCUACCAGGCCGUGGCCGACCAGCUGGUGCAGAUCGCUCAGUUCUUUCGUUUUGAUGGCUGGCUGAUCAACAUCGAGAACUCACUGAGUCCGGCCGCGGUGGGAAACGCGCCCGCUUUCCUCCGCUACCUGACCUCCCAGCUGCACCGGCAGGUCCCCGGGGGCCUGGUGCUGUGGUACGACAGCGUGGUGCAGAGCGGGCAGCUCAAAUGGCAGGAUGAGCUCAACGAGCACAACCGGGUCUUCUUCGACGCCUGCGACGGCUUCUUCACCAACUACAACUGGCGGGAGGAGCACCUGGUGCGGAUGCUGGCGCUGGUUGGGGAGCGCCUGGCCGACGUGUACGUGGGCGUGGAUGUGUUCGCGCGGGGGAAGGUGGUCGGAGGCCGCUUUGACACAGAUAAGUCGCUGGAGCUGAUCCGGAAGCACGGCUUCUCCGCAGCUCUGUUUGCCCCUGGCUGGGUGUAUGAGUGUCUGGAGAAGAGGGAUUUCCUCCAGAACCAGGACAAGUUCUGGGGCCUGCUGGAGCGCUACCUGCCCACCCACAGCAUCUGCUCCCUGCCCCUUGCCACCUCCUUCUGCCUGGGCAUGGGGACGAGGCGGGUCUGCUACGGCCAGGAGCAGGUGGUGGGGCCCUGGUACCACCCGAGCGCCCAGGAGAUGCAGCCCCUUGUCGGUGAGCAUAAGUUGGCCGGGCACAGCCGGGGCUGGGUGAAGACGCACUGCUGCCUGGCUGACGCCUGGCAUGGCGGCAGCUCCCUGCUCAUCCGGGGGGUGAUCCCGCCGGAGGUCGGCAGCGUGGCCGUGAGGUUGUUUUCCCUGCAGGUCCCCGUGCCGCCCAAGACUUUCCUGUCCAUGGUGUACAAGCUCGAGGGGUCUUCAGACGUCAAGGUGGCUUUGGAACUGACCACGGGGGACGCCGGGUGUGCCAUUGACAACAUCUCUGUGCUGAGCGCGGAGACUGGCUCAAGGCACCGGCCCCGGCCCCUCCGGGUGCCCCCCGCCAAGCUGGCCAGGUGGGUGGGGCGCUGCGGGCAGCAGCUCCAGGGAGGCUGGAUCCAGCGCUGCUAUGAGGUGAACCUGCGCCAGUGCCUCCUCCGGGACCUCUUCGUGAACUUCUCCCGGCCCCGGGGCGGCGGUGGCGGGGAGGAGGAGAGCUUCGUCUGUCGCCUGGGGGAGAUCCAGGUGGUGGAUGCCGACAGCCUGCUGGCCCCGCUGCCGCGGGUGCGGGACGUCACGGUCUCACAGGUCCGCUGGCUGCCGCCCGCCUCCGGCCCCGAGGGCCUCCCGGCCGGGCUCAGGCUCGGCUGCACCCUGCACUGGUCCUACCCCCUCCGCCAAGCCCGGGGCUUCCGCAUCCACUGGUGGCAGAGGACCAGGGCGGCUUCUCCCGACGGGGGUCCUCCCGGCCCGGAGAAGCCCACGUUCCUGGGCCUGGCUUUUGCCAACCAGUGGGUGGCGGACUUGCUGGUGGCGGCCGCGGGGCCGGGGCAGGAUGGCCGGGUGGAGCUCCUGGUGGAGCCCGUCCCCAGGGAAGGCUUCGUGGUGCCUCAGGCCGAGUGGGGCCGGGCGGCCCUGAUCUACUCCGCUCCCUAGUCCUGGGCCCCAAAGCCCAGCGCCUCCUCACCUCGGACCGCUUUCCGCCUGACUCGGGGCCCAGCCACGCGAGAUCCCCGCCACGGGACGCCGGCUGCCCGGAAAACCCAUCUCCAGGCCUUGCCUGUGGCUCCCUGCUUGGCCGC